GGUGCCAACUGCAAUACGACGGUUUUUAGUAGCAUCUGUUCUCCUCUUCUUUAAAAUCUAGGGUUUUGGGUCGGGGUAGACGAAGACGACAACAUGGGAAGAUCAAAGAGGAUCGCAAGGCAGAACACCAGCACAGCCGCCCUCACCGCCCUACCGAAUCCCACCGUCACCAUUUCAGACCUUCCAAACCACAUCGUGUGCGACAUCCUAUCUCGACUCCCUCUCAACUCCAUCUCCACCUGCAAGCGAGUUUGCAAGGCCUGGCGCGACCUCACCCUCGAACCCUGCUUCGCCAAGUUGCAUCUCUCUAGGUUUCCUCUCAGCCGCAUCUUCUACCGCUACGGUCCUGCUAUAAACUCCCCUUCCCACUUCGAAAUUCUCCAACUCCACGAUCACGGUCCCGCUGAUUUCUAUCACCACUUCACCACCACGAAGUUCAGAACUGGAAUCUGCUUCCCUCAUACGCGUAUUAUUCAUAUGGUAGACUCGUGUAAUGGGUUGAUUUUGUUGGCGAAUUACCCAUCUCGAGACCUUCUUAUUGUGUGCAACCCACUUAGGGCACAACAUUUUAUUCUUCCUAAACCUCUGAAAUUGGCACCACCGAUGCUCGAUGGUUAUUGUGGAUUUGGGUUUGGGCAUUGUACAGAGACUGAUCAGUACAAGGUGUUAAGAUAUAUUUUUACUUAUGAGCCGACUAGAUUGUUGGACAUUGACAUUUAUACACUUGGGAUUGAUGAUGAAUGGAGGAGCCUUGGAGACACUGCACAGCCACCCGCUAUUUUUACAUCAAAUCUAGUUUUUCUGAAUGGGGCUCUUCACUGGAUGGGCUUUCAAGAUUCUUGGCUCAUUUGCUUUUUCGAUAUCGAGAAAGAGCAGUUCGGGAGCUUCCCCUUGCCUUCUCACAUUGGAGAUGCGUGCCAGUAUCUUGGGGUUGUAGACAAUUGGUUGUACAUUCGCAAUGAGCCCUUUGGUGCACAGAAAUUUUGGAUGAUGAAAGAUUACGGAGAUUUUGGGUCUUGGACUUUGGAAUUUGUCGUUGAAAUUUUAGAUGUUGAAGGAUUACAGAAAUUUGUGAAGCCACUAAAAUUUUUGAAAGAUGGAAGCUUGUUGAUGACGCUCCAUGAGUGUACUGUAGGAAUAUAUAGAAAGGGGCCAAAGGAGGAUGAGAUUACUCUAGCAUCUUACAAUCCACAAACAAGAGUGUUGAAAAAGAUUAAGCAUCAUGGCACCUUACCAUGGGGUGCUCCAUAUGCUUUUGUACCAUGCUUCUUCUCUCCAAUGGAUGCUUUGACAUGACAAUAUUAACAUCUUUGAGUUAAGUGUCAGGAAAUUGCUUCGAAGAGGUUUCUCUAUUUUGCUUUCAGGAGGAGUGGUUUUCCAUCAGUGCCUCGAAAUUGCUUCGGAUAGAUCUCUUUGUUAUUAUGUUUUUACUUCUCCUUAGGUGAUAUGUUACGGCUUACUUUCGUAAAUGUUAUGCCUUGUUAUGGUUAGGGGUACAUAUGGUAUGCACAUUUGUAGGUGUUAUGACUUUGUGGUGAAAUGUUAUGCCUCUUUUUUGUUCAGAAUUUUACGUCUCUUUGUGGUGAA